GAUUGUGUAUGUUGAAUUCUUUAAACUAACUUUGUACUUUACGUUCAUUAUUAGUAUUAUUAUUAUUAUCAUCAGUUAUAUGUAAGCAAAUUAUUGCUUUCCAAAGAUCCUUUAUCGCGAUCUGUAUUGUACUCAAACAUAUCUAACACUGUAAUUAACCAUUUCGAAAGUAUUUAAAAAUAGCAAUUUUUUUUUCCUGGAUAUACUUUAAAUCUGGAAUAAAACUAACUAUUGGAAAUAAUUGUUGGAAUAUAUUCAUUUAUAAAUUAUAUGGUAGAUGAGUUAAAUAUGAAGUCUGCAAGUUCGAUUUAUCAGGCAACUGGAAAUACAAACUCAAAAGAUAUUAUUAGUCAAGAUUUCGAAUCAAACCAGUCACUCGAGAUGAAUAUUGCAACUGGCACAUCCGAGAAUAAAAUAAAAGAAGUCAGCGAUACUGGUGCAGAUACUGAUGAAAGUGAUGAUGACACUAUUGAAGAAGGGGAAGAAAUCAUUACUUCAGCAAUACCACCAACUCAAAUAGUUGAUACUAUAGUUACCACUACUACAAAUCCAGACGGUAGUUUAAAGCGUACAACGAAAAAAACAACGCGUACCGUUUUGACAACAGCAAGAAUACGUAAAGUUAGAUUGAAAAAUUUGUCAGCCAAUUCCGAUUCUAAUCAGUCAUCAUCUUACUCAAAGAAUCAUCCAGAUAUGAAAAAUAUCAUUAAUUUUACAAAAUUUAACUCUGAAAAAUCAGAUGGUAAUUCGCUUGCUCAAGCUACAUUAGCUAUUAUUCCACCACAAACUGAAGUGAUUUAUCAAGAAAAUGUAAAACCUAUUAGUGAUAUAGAUCCAGAUACUAUAGCACAAUUAAAACAAUCUCCUGAUAGUGUAACAUCUCAACAAGCUAUCACAAAGACAACUAUGAAGAAAACAGUCAGUGCAACAGCAGCUACUGCUACAUUUUAUGCAACUGGUAGUGAAGUGAUAAAUCCAAAUAUUUUUACAAGUAAUGAAUCCACCGGUGAAGUUACCUCGAAAAUUAGUAAUAAUAUUAAAAAGUUAAAAGAUUGUAAUCAGCCAUUUAGUUUGUCAAGUAUGAGUGAAAAAAAUAAAACAAAUUCUAACGAGUCAAGUAGACAAGAUGCAAAUGGAAAUGAGAUAAAUAUUAUUGAAAUUAAUGAUAAUAAUAUGUCAAUGAAAAAAAAUGAUUGUGAAUUUGCAAGAACUAUAACAACGAGAACUGUGACUACAACACAUAGUUCCGGUUCAGCAACGACAACCACUACUACCACGACUACAACUAUGGAUAAUGAUAAUAAUAACAGUACGAGACAACAGACUACACGAGUUACUAAUAAUUUUGCCAGUAAAAGAUUCCUUUUCACAUUUAAGAAGCCAUUCAGUUUAUUUAGUAAAGAUAUUCGAACAGCUAUUGAAGAUGGUCAAACUAAUCAAAAUACUGAUUUGAACAAAACUGAUAUUGUGGAUACUGAACAGUUAGCAUUGAUGACAAUGAAAGAAUCAGAACGUAUGUUUUCUGAAGCUAAAUCAAUGUUCGCAUCAAAUCAAACAUUAACGUCAGAUAAAGUUUCACAAUCACGUGGUUCAAAGUCAAACAACGAAAUAAAUAUUUAUUCAAGAAAUGAUGAUGAAAUUGUACAAGGUUAUCAAUCUCGAUUUGCAAAUCUACCAUUAUAUCAAGGUUAUGGAAUAAUUGCCCAUCAGAUAGCACUGUCAAAUAAAGCAAAUACAGCUAAGAAAUCUACACCUGAAACACAAAAUGUCGAUGAUGAUCAUAAUGAGAAUGAUCAAGAAACUUCAAUCAAUCUUGUCAGUGAUCCAAUUGAUAUUGGACAAAUUUCAGAUCAAAGUGGAACGGAUAUAAAUUUGGUUGCAAAUGCAUUUGCUCAUUUACUAGAUGAAUCGAUAUUGAAAUUUUUAUAUGAAGCAACGAAUCAACAACUUGUCAGAUCAGGAUCGUUAAAUUUAUUUGAUCUACCAGCAAAUAUAAGUGGUCUUCCACAAAACAAAGAGCUGUCUUUGUCUGGUUCAACAGAUGAAGGGAGUGUACAUCAAGAAAUUAAUAACUAUGAUAUCUCUUCAAAUUUAAGUGAUUAUAAUGAUGAUAAAAAUGAAGAAGAGUUUAAACAAAAACAACGAAGUAGUAAUUUACGAGAAAUUCAAGGUAGUAAAAGUGUUUCAGAAGGUCUUUGUCAAAAAACAAGUCGAUUUGGUGUUGUAGCUAAAGGUGCAUUCCGUGUCGCUUGGUCAGAAAUGCCUGAAGUUGUAGAAAGCAACUGUCUUCAGCGCCUAACAAGACAUGAAAUCCAAUUACAAGAAGCUAUGUUUGAAGUGAUUACCUCAGAAGCUUCAUAUUACCAAAGCUUAAAUGUUUUAGUAAAUCAUUUCUAUCAUGCUCCUGAAUUUGAAUGUGAACCACUGCAUUCAUCAGUUCAGGGAAGUCAAAUAAUUAACAAAACAGGGAAAGAUUGUUAUUCACCACAAAAUUCACCACAACAAGAUGUAAUAAAUACAAAUGACCAAGUAUUAAGUGAGCCUAAUACACCAUUAGUUAAUACAGUACCGAUUGGACCAACCCCCACUUAUUCUACUAAUACUAUCAUAAAUAAUAAUACUGACUUUACAGACUUUUCUUCAGAUUUAAACAAUACAAAUAAUCAAACUACAACACGUCAUCCUUUACUGAAGCCAUUAGAAAAACAUCAUCUCUUUUCAAAUGUACUACUUGUAUGUUUAGCAAGUGAAAUGUUUCUACGGGAUCUAGAAGCAAGAUGGGAAUCUCGAAUGCCAAUCUUGAAUGAAGUUUGUGACUUAAUAGUGAAACAUGCUGGUGGUGUAAAUUUUGAACCAUAUAUUACUUAUUUAAGAAAUCAAACGUAUCAAAUGGCAACACUUCGAAAUCUUUGUCGACGGGAUAGUUUUCGUUCAGCAUUAGAUAAUUUACAUGCUCAUCCGAGAAGUGGAAAAAAUAUGAUCAAUUCAUUUUUAGCACUUCCAAUGCAAAGGUUAACACGUUUAAAAUUAUUAGUUGAAGUUAUACGUCGAUUACAAGAUGCAGUUGUUCGGGAUUCCAAAGAUAAAACACUUGAAAAACGUCCUUUUCGUGUACCAAGUGAUAGAGAACGAGAAAAUGUACAACUUGCACUUCGUGAAUUAAAUCGACUUCUAACCGCAAGCGAGACUGAAAAAGAACUUAUGGACAGAAAAUCUCGACUCCUUACACUAUCCUCUUCUCUUGAAUUUCCAGACAAUGUUAAGAGAAUAGCAAUUAGUGAUAAACGUCUUAUUAAAGAAGGUGAACUUCGUGAAUGUUUAACAGAUAAUGGACGUAUGUCAGUAUUUCAAAAAUUGACUAUUCGUAAACCGAAUACAUUCUACUUAAUAUUAUUUAAUGAUAUGUUACUAGUAACAAAAAAGAAAAAAAAUGAACGUUUUCUUGUUUUGGAUUAUUGUGAUCGUGCAUCAGUACAACCUUUGGUUCAACGUACUGGUGAUCCGUUUAAUUCUGGUACAAAUUUACUGAAGAAUCCUAAGAAUUCUAUUUCUGCCGAACCCCUAUGUCACAUUAAUCUUUCGAAUGAUGAUCUCAAAGUUGUUCCACAGAAAUCUAAACGAUUUCUUUCACCUGAAUCUGAAGAUGAUGUGAAUAUUCUGAAAUCUAAAACUAAAACGAAACGUCAUCGACAUUUCAAAACUACAGUUGAUUUUAAAAAUGUGAUUAAUUUAAAUAAUAAUGAUAAUAAAGAUGAGACAAAUAGAAUUCUUAGUCAUAUUGAAACAAAUGAAUCGAAUAAAGAAUGCUCCAGUUUGGAUGAUCAUAAUGAUAUUAAUAAUGUCGCUAACAUCUCUACUACUGAUACUAAUACUACAACCAAAGCACCAAACUCUCUUGUGACUAGUAGUGUUAACACAAGCAAAAUAACUAAACUAUCCAGAUCUGGAAGCAGUUUAAGUGGUUAUCAAUUACGUUUCAAUCAAGAAAAAAAUAGACAUUUAAAACCAAGUAUAUUUAAUACAUCACAGCCAAGUACACCGGUUAAUUGUAAAACAAACAUUAUACACUUAAAACUACUUGGUAGUCAUAAUGGAACUUGUACGGAACUAACUCUUUCAUCUAACGAUAAUCAAGAAUUCGAAAGUUGGUGUAAAGCUUUCUCCGUGUGAAGUAAUCAUUUCUACUGAUGUCUCAAUAAACAUUGACAAAAUUUGCAAACAAUCAAGCAAUAUAUUGUUUAUUCUAAGCAAGGUAUUUUCAAUUACGUAAUAUCUCAACUUUACCAAUGACAUAAACUUUUGAUUGAGAUAAUGAAUCAAUCAAUGUUAGACCACCAUCGAACACCUGGAAGCACUGGGUGGUCAUCUCGUCCUAGAAUGGGACACCUCAGCAGUGUGCAUACACGAUCCCGCAUGCGGGAUUCCAACCCAGGUCUCAUACGCGAACACUUAACCUCUAAACUACUGAGCCGGUAUUUGACGUUAUUAAUGCCCAACUAAUCCGUGUUAAAUUGAAAUUCAAAUAAGUGAUCCUGUGGAACGAUAGUCUGUGGUCUCUGUUUAUUGUUCUUUAAGGCAUUUGCUAGUAAUAUGAAUGGAUUGAAUGUACACUUUGAUCAAAACGAAACAUAUAAAAUCUUGUUCAGGAGGAUCAAGCUAUAUAUAGAAUAUUGUUUUAUGCUAUAUUAUUUUCAUUACACUUUUGAACAGUCAUUUCUGCACUAAAUCUAAGUAAUCUCAACAUAAUAUAAUCUUACCUUUACAAAGCUAUUCAUACGGUGAAUUUAGCUUGGUAUCUUGCCUUCAUUGUAGAGAAAUAACUGAACAAUAGAUUGGUUAAUUGCUCCUCGAUAUCUAGUCAAUCUAAUACAGUUCUACACUAAAUAGUUUAUGUUUUACCAUGAUUUUAUCAGAGAUUAAAACUAGCUACGAACAAAUGUAACAGUAAUGUACACUGUACAGAUAAAUGUUGUCAGUGCUUUUUUUAGUUAUUAAUAAGUGAACUAUUGAUUUGUUUAAGCAAUAAGGAAGAAAGAGUAGGAUAUAUUCACAACGUUGACACAAUUCAAUGAUUUGAUAUUGAAUUCUUACGGUAAAAAUUGUAACAUUGAAUUAUACACUUGCAUUAUGUUAUCUGUAACCAAAGAAAUACAUCGUUAUCGGAAAACUGUUCUGACAAAAGCGAAAACAGAGUAAAUAGUUACCUAUUCAAGUGACCACAAUCAAUUAGAAACGUUCUCAUAUAUUCUAUUUUGUUCAUUUUGUAUUGCUUGUUUGAAUCUUCAAAUUGAUCAAUCUCUUAUUGAUAUAUAUGCAUCCUAUGCAAAGUGCCUCGAUAUUGCCUUAAUUCACAAGCAUUAUAAACAAAGAUGGAUAGUGACUAGCAAUGGAAUACAAAACGUGCGUUCAGUCCUAUUUGGGACUUGUCAGCUUAAUAUAUCUGCAUCUCAGAGUUGAUUUUCAAUCCGGGACUAGAACCCAGUACCAUUUGCUUCAAAUACUAACAUGUUAUCCACUUAACUACUGAUCCCUGAUCGAACGAAACGUUCGUCCUGUAUUUCACAGCUAGCUACCAUUUAUCUUUACUUAUAAUUCAAUUUCAUAUUAAUUUCCCUGAAAUAAUUUACUCAUAAAGUAUUUGUUUCCUAGGUUUGAAUAUCUGGAUUUACAUCGUUACAAUCCUUUUUAUAAACUACGAUGAACAGUAUGAAUAUUUUACAUACAAUGAUUAAGUAUAUAAAUUAUCCUACUGUAUUCAUAAUUUUUAUAAUUCCUUUUCUUUUCUUUCAAUUUCAUCACUAUGACCAAAAGUGUAAACACAUGUCUGUUCAAUGUUUAAUUUCAGAAAAUAUAAAAUUAUAAUAAACCUAUUUAUUGUAUGUUGGUAAAUGGAUGGAUUAUUGAAAUUGAAGAAUAAUGGAAAACACCAUUGUACAUGAUAGUAUACAUAUUAUUACUAUUACUAUUAUUAUUUGUUAUUACUUUUCUAUUGUUUUUAUCUACUGAAUACAAAUAAUUGAUUAAUUGUAUCAUUUAUUAUAAUCAUUAAUCUAUAAUCAAUAAUAUUAGGGAUUAAUUAUUUCACAAAACUUUCUGAAUCAAGCUCAAACUACUUAUAUAUUUUGAUAGUAGUAAUGAUAAUGAUGACGUUUAUGUUUAUUCAUGUUACCACCAUGUUACCACCACAUGUUUUACGUUUACAAUAAAAAAUCUUAAGUAUAAAAUAAUUUUGACUUUAUACCAAAUUGUUCUUUUUAUGGUUUAUUUAAAGGGGAAACAAAAAUAACGUAAAACUAUUGUCCAUCUCAUAUAAACUGUAUACAUUUCUUAAUUUGACAAAAGAGAGGGGGAGGGGCAAUAUUUAAUUGAUCAAUCAAAAUUAAUCUGGCAUAACUAAUCUGUAAUGUUUUCUUCACUUUCAUCAUUUAUUGUAAUACAUGGUUACAAUAGUAAACUAAAUGAUACUUUAAUCAUUUCACUACUUUGUAAACAAGGUCAUUAUCAAUAUGUUAUUAUAUAUUCAAUUCAAUUUCUUUGUUUAUAUAUUGUUUUUGUUCAAUAUUAGAAUGGUUCAUAUUCAAUGAGAGCAAUACUCUAUCUAUAUAUGUUGUGUUUUUUUAAAAAAAUGAAAUGAAUUUCAAUCCAUUUAAAGAUUGACUUAUAUGAUUAAAAUAAAUUUUUUAUAUUGUUGUUAAAUAAAAAGAAAAAAAGGGGGGUAAUCCUUUUCACAUUUCUGAUGUUCUCUUUUCACUUACCCUUUUACAAAUGUGCAUGCGUUCAAUUUCUUCAUCUUAUCACUUAUGUAUUGUUCAUUUAAUUAAUCUCUUUAUUUGAAUUCUAUCAUGAAUAUUAUUUGUAUUUUAUAGACUAUAAAUAAUGUUAAUUCAUUAUAUGAUUAUAUAUACAUUAAUAUUUUGUAACAAAAUAGAAUAAUAAUAAUAAUAAUAACAAUAAU